GGCACCUAACAAUGAAAUCUGGUUGUCCAGUCGUUUUUCAUUCGAGGAGGAAGAAAGGGUAUUCAAGGCCAGUGGGCGAGCAUCCCAGUCUUGGAAGAAGCUGACCUCACCGAUCAAUAACCUGCGUUUUGAAUAUUAAAUUCAGCGGUCCUCAGGAAGAGGUGCUAGACUAACGGAUGCAAUCUGCAGUUGUUCUGGAGAACCUCUCCCUGUCCCCACUACCUCCGCCCACCUUUUUCCUUUCUGCCUCCGGACCUAGAACCCAGGAUAGGGGAAAAGCAACCCGUACUCGGAAACAACCACAUGACCCUUCUACGUGAUCUGCACCUUUAAACUCACUUCAUCUCUAACCGGACCCCGGAGGCACCACCCACAUCCGUCUAACAUCACUUCCUUCAGAGUUUGGGGGAAAAAAAAAACUAGGAACGCGAGGAAUUGGGCUGAGCCUCGCUUAGCGAGCGAGCGGACCUUCUGCCGAGACUCCAGACCUGUGCCAGUUCAGUCGGGUGGCCCCGCGCGCCAACCACCGUGGAGAUGUGGCCUCGUCUUGGGGCCACCUGUUUGCUGGGCUUCAGUUUCCUGCUUCUCGUCACCACUGAUGGACACAUUGGGCUUGGAAAGGGUUUUGGAGACCAUAUUCAUUGGAGGACACUAGAAGAUGGGAAGAAAGAAGCAGCUGCCAGUGGAUUGCCCCUGAUGGUGAUUAUCCAUAAGUCUUGGUGUGGUGCUUGCAAAGCUUUAAAGCCCAAAUUUGCAGAAUCUAAAGAAAUUUCAGAACUUGCCCAUAAUUUUGUUAUGGUAAAUCUUGAGGAUGAAGAGGAACCCAGGGAUGAAGAUUUCAGUCCUGAUGGUGGUUAUAUUCCACGAAUCCUUUUCUUGGAUCCCAGUGGCAAGGUGCGUCCUGAAAUCAUCAAUGAGAAUGGUAACCCGAGCUACAAGUAUUUCUACGUCAGUGCUGAGCAAGUUGUUCAGGGAAUGAAGGAAGCUCAGGAAAAGCUGACAGGUGAUGCCUUCAGACAGAGACACCUUGAAGACGAGUUGUAAUAUGAAUGUGUCCCUUCUUUCAUCAAAGUCAUUGUUCUAGAAGGAAAGCAGCAAUGGAAGGAAUAUUGAGGAAUCACCCAGAACAAUUAAACCAGCCAGGAAACCUAGCUUCUACCAACACUGGAAGCAGCUUUCUCACUGUGGAAGAAGUCUGCUAACAAGCUGGUCGGCAUGUGUAUGGAUCUAGCAGUGUGGCAGACUUCCCUCUCCUGCUACCUAUCACCUAAAUGUCCAUUUGUCUUUGAAUGUUAAGAAUGAAACCUUAUGGCACAAAACUUGAGCCACUUGGAGAUUUACUCCUCAAAUUUCAGUAUUUGAGUCUUUUCCCAAUUCCUCCUGCUUUACUUGCCUUACUGGUGAAAGAAGACCAGUAGCAUCUUUUCCAUAAUAUUAACAUUCAGGAAGAGCUUAAAAUUUUUUUAAAAAAUUAAGUCCUAAAUAAUACAUUGGUAAUUCUACCACUUAUCAAAGAGACCAGCCUGUUUUUCUCCUGGGAAUAAUCUUGGAGUUCUUUCUUCCUGAGUCCCCAUGACCUCCUUCCUCUGUGUUCGGCUUCCCCUGUUUGCACGCAUGUGUGUUCAGGAAUGGCUGUGUGCUUGGACUCAGCCCCAGCUGGAAGCAUGCUUUUCCUCAUCACAAUGGAGAAACUGUAACCUUCAAGCCCUACCUGGAG